AUGUGCCUUGUAGAGCCAUCGCCUACUAUUUCGAACAGCGCUGUAACUCACAAGAGUGGCUUGUAUAAUACUUCCGUGGGCGCUGCUUUUCCAAGACGGCCGGCCGGUUCGAGAGAGUGGAAGCGCUUGGCGGUCACUGAAAAUCUUCCCCGCCGCAACUCCGAGCCGAACAUUAACUACUCUGAACUUAUUGAGAGAUCACAAUGUCAUAUUUCCAUGGAAGCAACUCCAUCGCGACCCAAACGUCGUUCCCGCUCCGGCUGCACAGAAUGCCGUCAGAGACACCGCAAGUGUGACGAGCGAAAGCCCACCUGCUCAGGCUGCCUACGCUCCGGUAGGCAAUGUGUCUACACUCUGCGCCUUACAUGGGGCGGUCGACCUUUUUCCAAAUCGCGAUUCGGCGAAUGCCUUCGAAACGACCCUGGGCUGGUUCAAGUUCCCUUUAAUCCAACCUCUGGUGACAAGGGAGCUUUCGUCUAUGGCUCUGGAAAGCCCUCCAAACCUGCUUCUGUGCCGCAGCAGCUGUCCAGUGAUUCCAGCUACACUGGAGACACCAUUAAUUUCGACCGGACGGAAGCCGAGUGCUCACUUUCAGCAGCUGUGUUCCCUUUGCGCCCCCAGAGAGUUAACCAAGCUCCGAACAGCGUCAUUCCACGAAACCCGUACGAAUUGCAAUGGAUCCCACCUGCGUAUCGGUUCCUUUUGGACCAUUUUAUGUCUUGCACAACCCUCUCUCUGUCUUGCCAUCCAAUGAUCCAGCGUACAUAUUGCUCUGUACUUAUCCCUAUGGCCCUUCAGACAUCCCACUUAUUUGUCGCCCUAUUAAGUCUCGCAGCAACGCAUCGAAUAUGCUUGGGUAUGGAUCAGAGCAUCACGCAGCUCGACUGGCUUAAGUUUACAAGUUUGCGGCAGCUUCAGGCCGCUUUGGCGCAGCCGAGAAAAGAAUUGAAUCACGCAGUUAUUGCCACCACUCUAACAUUAUGCACCGCCGAUAUUGUAUCCGACGGUCGGAGUCCAGGCUCGUGGAGAUCACAUUUACAUGGAACGGCGGCGAUAAUAGCCGAGCAUUUGCAAAAUGCCAGGAAUUCCGGGUCCUCGCUGUCAGAGGCUACUCUAUUGCUUUGGCGCUGGUAUCUUUCUAUAGAAACCAUUACUCUAUUGAGCGGGAAUUUGGUUAUCUCUCCGGGAUCGCGAACAGUCCUUCAGCUACGGCGCUUGAUAGGUAAUGAUGAGAUCGACGAUCUCACCGGAUUUUCUACGGCGCUUAUACCCAUCUUCGGUGACAUUAACCUCCUCGCUGUCGAAUCUGGACUGAGCGGAGAGCAGCAAUGUCCGACAGGUACUGACGAUAUUUCGAGCAUUCCCAAUGACAUAAUUCGCGAACGAUGCUUCAGAAUGAUAGAGAACAUCAGCUCCAUGCUUGCCUCUCAUGAGCCACGAUUUCGCCCAACGAUCGACGCCUCCCUGUCCAGUCUCCACCGAAUUGACUUUGCAGCUGUCGAUGAAACUUACCAUCACGUCGCUCUCCUUCAUCUCUACAGGCGCGUCCUAAAUCUCCCUUCUUCGAGCACUUUAGUGCAGAAGUCUGUGCAGCAGAUCAUCCAUCGAGUAUCAGCCAUACACUUCCUACACGAGCCGUGUCCGGGCGUGGCUGUUCUACAACCACUGUUUGCUGCGGGAUGCGAGGCGUGUGAUGCCGCGGACCGUGAUGACGUCCGAACCCUCCUCUCCAGAAUUGAGUCUCAGUACGGAAUGGGAAAUGUUAGGAGCGCAAGAGCGUUUUUAGAAGAUCUGUGGAUCAUGAGAGAUGAGAGCGGAGACUUUGAGGGAAGAAUGAGGUGGGAUAAGGUCAUGGUUGAGAAAGGAUUGGACAUCCUUCCGUACUAGCAUAAGUCGCUGGGGCGAACUUGACUGCGUUAAACAUGUGGGGGAGCUGAUCAGGCAGAAACCGCGCAUGGAAUGCUUCGCCGAUCCUACAGUCAAGGGUAUGGUCGUGUAGAAAACUACCCUGGCGAAUUUACCUCGUUAUCUAUCCUCGUGUGGAGCAGCCCGAUACCGCCCUAUUCACCUCUACAUUAAAGGCUGACGGUUUUACGAAUUUCCAGCCGAG